AUGCCUCGUGGACGAAAAAGUAUUAAUUCAACCCCGAAUUCAACAACUCUUCCAACUACCAUUACAAAAAAACCUUUAACUACACAUAAACCUCUGUUACCAAAGAAUAAAUCUUCAUUGGUUAGUUAUGAAGCUGAUUCAGGUGAUGAUGAACAUACAGACGAAGAACAAGAUGGAGGAGAUGAGCAUUCAAAUUCACAUAGUGCAGUUAUAUUACAUGCUCCUGAAGAAAAUGAUUUGGUUCAAAUUGAAACAACUACAUUUACUGAACAAAGAAUUGUUACAUCUGAUGUUUUAAAUGUUACACCUCUCAAACCAGAAGAAACAUCAUCAUGUCGUACUGAUUUAACACCUAAUUAUCCAUUAAUAUUUUUCGAAGAUGCUGACAUUCGUAUACCACCAGAAUCUACUAAGAGGUGUUCAACUAAUUUUCAAGAAAAAUUUGAAGAAUAUAAACGAUUUAAAAAAACAGAUGUUGAUCACAAUGUACGUAUACAAGAAUUAAAAGAUUUUCGAAAUCCAUAUAUGUAUGAAAGAAUGAUUUCUUAUUUGGAUAUUGAUGAAAUAGGAACAAAUUUUCCACAAGAAUUAUAUGAUCCACAUUGGUGGGGUAAAGAAUCUUAUUAUGAAGAAUUAAGUAAGGCACAAAAACUUGAAAUACAUCGUAGAGAAAAAGAACGAACAAAAAUUGGCUUUAUACCUGGUGUUAAAAAAGUUGAUCAACUUGGUGUUGGUUCAUCGAUGAAUCCUCAUAUGGGCGGUGAAAAACAUAUAAUAUGGAAGAAAACACAUAAAGCAACUCGAACUCUCUAUGAAGUACUUUUCUUUGGAACAUUAAGUCUUGGCUUAGGUAUUGAUCGUAAAUGGUUAGAACCAGAUGAAGAUGUUGCUGAAUUUAAAAAACAUAUUACAGAAUUAAAAGCUUCUGAAAUCGUUAUUAAAAAUAAACGAAGUCAAUAUGAUAUGAAUAUAACAUUAGCAAAUUUAGAAUCAUUUCAAGAAGCAAUAAAACAAGCAUCAAAAGUUCUUAAAUGUUCGAAUCCUUCCCGAAAGACUUGA